UGCAUUUGCAAUUAUCACCCUAUACUUCCGGUAGUGCAUUCCAGUGACGUCCGGUAGUGCAUUCCAGUGGAAGUUUUGUGAUCUAUCCCUGGUCUGACAUUCAUUGUUUCUGAUUAGCAGAGUUUCCUUCAAUUUUGUCAAAAUUUGCAUUAAAUUUGAGCAUUAAAUAGAUGGUAGGAUAAAAUAAAGUGCAUAUCAAGAGCAAUACAAUGUUAAAAGUUUCUACUGGACAAGGCAAAGGACUCCGCUCCUUUGAGGAAGUAUGGCCGGAAAAACGACUUAUAGUUUUAAAGCUAUUGAACCAGGAAACUGUGUCACAAUUAGAAUGGCAAGAAUUGUUUUACGGCGUACAUUUAGUGUGCCUAUGGGAUGAGAAAGGUGCCGCAAAAAUUUACGACUGCCUGCGCGCGGAUAUUGUGGAAUUUGUAGUACACGCUCAACGUAAAGUGCAAUCACAACGCGGCGAGCACGCGCUACUUACGACUUACAUUAUAGAGUGGCGCAAAUUCUUCACACAAUCCAACUACCUUCCGUUGCCUUUUCGUCAAUUAGAGCAAUCGCUCCAGUUCAAAGUACCCACAUCUUCUACGUCAACAUCAGCAUCUAGUUCCUCUGCAGCCAGCACAAGUGCUAAUGCUGCGUCAAUUUCAGCGGCAGCCGGCCCAUCAACAUCUGCCGCUGCCGCUGCAGCGUCGUCAUCUUCCACGUCGGGUGGCAACAAUAGCAGCAAAAAGAAUCCCACUGACGAUUCAAUCGUUCGCAAAUUAAUGCUAGACUCGUGGAAUGAAAAUAUCUUCCGUGAUAUAAAAGAUCGCCUACAGGAAUCUGCCAUGAAAAUUGUACAUGCCGAACGAAAUGGUGAUGCCUACGAUGCUCAACUUGUUAUUGGAGUACGAGAGAGCUACGUGAAUUUGUGUUCGAACCCAGAUGACAAAUUACAAAUCUAUCGGGAAAACUUUGAGGCGGCUUACUUAAAAGCCACGACGGCAUUCUAUCGCCUCAAAACAACAGAACAACAGCAAGCAAACGGUGUAUUAGCCUUUAUGAGAUAUGCGGACGCCAAAUUGCGUGAGGAAGAGGCACGUGCGAAACGCUAUCUUGAACCGAGCAGUUAUGGUGUACUGGCACAGACUUGCGUCAAGGUGUUGGUCGGGGAUCAUAUGAAUACCAUCAUCGCCGAAUGUGCAGCGCUCAUAAAAGAAUACGAAACAGAAAAGUUAAACCUUAUGUUCCGUCUGUUGGAUCGUGUGCAGGAUGGGGUUGAACCAAUGUUACGCGACUUGGAAUGCCACAUUGUUACAGCAGGUCUAGCUGAUAUGCUAUCUGCAUCUGAUAUAAUUACACAAGACUCAGAAAAGUAUGUAGAGCGGCUGCUCGAGUUGUUCAAUAAGUUCAGUUCAUUGGUUAAGUACGCCUUCAACGAUGAUCCGCGCUUUUUGACGGCACGUGACAAGGCUUUCAAGACUGUUGUCAAUGAUACUAGUGUAUUUAAGCUUGAGCUGCCCACCGGCCUAACAAACCGCGGCGUCAAGUCCAUCGCUCCGGAGAGCAAGUGUCCUGAACUUUUAGCCAACUAUUGUGACAUGUUGCUACGUCGAACGCCGUUAAGUAAGAAGCUUACUAGCGAACAAAUCGACGCACGAUUGCGGGAUGUGCUAUUGGUUUUGAAAUAUGUCAACAAUAAGGAUGUUUUCAUGCGCUAUCACAAAGUUCAUUUAACUAGAAGACUAAUACUUAGCACGAGUGCUGAUAGUGAAAAGGAAGAGGAUAUUGUUGAAUGGUUACGCGAGGCUGGAAUGCCAGCCGAUUAUGUGAAUCGCUUAGGGCGUAUGUUCCAGGAUAUUAAACUCAGCGAAGAUUUAAAUACUCAAUUCCGUAACUGUACGGGUCGUCAUGAUGCCAUUAAUAUAAAGAUACUUAAUGCAGGGGCUUGGGCUCGUUGUUCCGAACGUGUUUCGGUGAGCUUACCGCUCGAAUUGGAGGACUACAUUCCAGAUGUGGAGGAGUUUUAUAAGAAAAACUUCUGCGGUCGCAAAUUGCAAUGGUAUCAUCACAUGAGUAAUGGUACAAUAACUUUUGUAAAUAACUUCGGUCGAUACGACUUGGAUGUGACCACAUUUCAAAUGGCUGUGCUCUUUGCUUGGAAUCAACGGCCACAUGAUAAAAUAUCCUACGAGAACUUGCGUUUAGCGACAGAGUUGCCUGAUCCCGAGCUCAGACGCACGCUUUGGUCACUAGUGGCGUUUCCAAAGGUGAAAAAACAAAUUUUACUAAUGGAACCCCCAACAAUGACAACGCCAAAAGACUUUUCAGAGAAUACUUUAUUUAGUAUAAAUCAGGAUUUUGCUGUAGUUAAAAAUGGCAAAUCUCAGCGAAGAGGCAAAAUGAAUUUAAUUGGCCGCUUGCAACUAAGUACCGAACGUUCUCAGCAGGAAGACAAUCAAUCGAUUGUUCAGCUGCGUAUUCUGCGCACCCAAGAGGCCAUUAUUAAAAUCAUGAAAAUGCGCAAGCGUUUGAAUAAUGCAACUUUGCAAGCUGAAUUAAUUGAUAUACUUAAAAAUAUGUUCUUGCCAUCGAAGAAAAUGAUUAAGGAGCAAUUAGAAUGGCUGAUCGAGCACAAGUACAUGCGCCGUGAUGAUGAUGAUAUCAAUACAUUUAUAUAUGUGGCUUAAAAGGAGCAUAAUUACGCAUGAACAGCAAAUGGGCAGCAAACAAAACAAAAUGGAAGAGUGAGAUAAGUUGAAAACUUUCUUCAGCUCACUUCGUUUCUAUAUGUAUUUCAACAGUUUUUAGUUUAGUUUUUAAGAUAAAUGUAGCGCUUCGAUUUGGACGUGCGUUAUUUAUAUAAGAGCACCAGAGCGCCCUAAAAAAUUACUACUUUAAGAUAAAUAGGCUUAGCGCUAAUUCAAUUAUUAAUAUUUUUUAAUUAUUUUUUAAUGGUAUGUUAAAAUUAUUUAAUUUACAGUUUGGAAACUGAAUAGUUCGCAUUCCCUCAUAGAUCUGUAUUUUUACUUAAAACUCGAUUGCUUUAAUUUAAGAGUUUCAACUGUUCCUUUUUCUAUUUUAUUUUUAUUUUAUACACGUUAGUUCAUAAGUGUAGCAUGUAUUUGGUUGUUUUAAUAUUUCAUAACUUUGUAUAUUUUAUAUUGUAUUUAAUUUAUGGGGAGAUAAUCUGAACGCAAGAGAAAUGCGAUGCAAUAGGCAAUCGCCACUGCGUAUUACCUACGAUGUAUUUGCCUUUCGUAUUGCAUUACAGAGUAGCCCCCUGAUUCUAUCAUAUUUUCCAUUAACAAUUAUUUAUAUAAAAUUACAUUUUAACCAUGCAAUUACUCUUAGUGCCGUUUUCUCAAGUAGCUUUUAAAUAUUAUCUUCCCUUCUAAUACAUUUUUUCAGAACAAAAUGUGUGUUACAGGGCAGAUAAAUUUUAAAACCUACGGCCCUUAGUCUUUCUUAUUUGAAAUGUGAAACUGAAUUGAUGAAAUGUUAAAAUGGAAAAUGUCUAGUUGCAAUCCACACAAGCGGAGGCAUUUGCAACUUUUUAACAGCAAUAAUUAUUAUGCUAAAUCAUAUAAAUACAUGCACAUUUUGUUAUAUAUAUAAGACUUCAUCCAUUCUAAGCAAACAACAAAAAAUAUUGUGUGAGAAUUCUGAGCGCAAUGUACUUUAAAAUUAUGAGAUAUGUGUAUAUCACUAUAAAGUAAGUUCAAUAUAAUAAUUAUGAUAUAAAAACGAUUACCAGCAUUACUCAUAAAGCUUAUGCAAAUAAAAAUACAAACUACGUAAAUAUCUAAAAAUAAUGCUAUUAAAUAAUAUGUCUUAUAAACUCAAAGUAUUUAAUUUCAAUAGUACCAAACAGGGUGUCCUGGACCACCCGUCACACCUUCUAAAAUAUGGGAAAAUGUUUUUUUAUUGCAACGCAAGAAUAUUAACCACCAAGGCGAGGAUGCUCUAUAUUUUUCGACCGGAAGUGGGUUAAACUAACGCAAA